AUGUUCUUUUGGUUGACCACUCUUGGUAUGCAGAAGUUCACAAACGAAGACCCUCCUGUUCCUGAAGAAGGAAUGCCUAAAAAUCAGCGCUUCAUGGUUGUUGAGGCUUGGAAGCAUUCAGAUUUCUUGUGCAAAGAUUACAUCCUUAGUGCUUUAGAGGACGAUUCGUACAAUGUUUAUAGUUCUGCUAAGACUUCAAAGGAAUUGCGAAUUGCACUUAAAAAGAAGUAUAAAACCGAAGAUGCAUGCUUGAAAAAAUUUGUGGUUGUCAAGUUUCUAGACUAUAAAAUGGUGGACAGUAAGACUGUUGAAACCCAAGUUCAAGAACUCCAAGUCCUUAUCCAUGACCUUAUUGCUGAAGAUAUGGUAAUUAAUGAGGCAUUUCAAGUGCCUGCUAUAAUUGAGAAGUUGCCUCCUUCGUGA